AUGGCACAAUUCACCGCUCCAGAUACCUCGUCGCUAGACCGCGUCGCUUACCUCGUUGGCUAUCCGAUAGCUCACUCCAAAUCACCUUCACUGCAUCGCGCGAUAUACUCAGCUCUAGGGAAACAAUGGGCUCAAUUGCUCUGCGAGACAACGGACCUUGAGGCUUUUUUAAGGCAUAUGAAGAGUGAUCCGAAAUGCAUGGGGAGCGGCGUCACCAUGCCAUUCAAAGUUGCCGUAAUCCCGCAUCUUGACGAAUUGACAGAUGAAGGGAGGACCAUCGGUGCAGUCAACACAAUUGUGUUCAAGACAGGCCAGAACGGAUCGAGGAAAUACUGUGGCACGAAUACCGAUUGUUUGGGUAUCCGUGAUGCGUUCUUCAACAAUGUCGCAGGCUCCUCUUACCGAGGGAAACCAGGCCUCGUCGUGGGCGGAGGAGGCACUUGCAGAGCAGCCAUCUAUGCCUUGCAGGAAUUCAUGGGCUGUUCACCGAUAUAUAUCAUCAACCGGGAUGCCAGCGAAGUCGAGGCUGUGCUUCAAGAAUGCCACGCCCGAGGGCUCGGGGAGAAUCUGAUGUGUGUUUCCACGACUGAACAGGCCAAAAGUCUGACACCUCCUGGAGCUGUCGUCAGUGCUGUUCCGGAUUUCACUCCCAGAACGGAGGACGAGAAGACGGUGCGGGAGAUUUUAUCCUUUUUCCUGAACGCGGAAGAGAAGGGCCCAUUGUUGGAAAUGUGCUAUCACCCCACUCCUGACACUGAGAUAUCUAGACUUGCACUCGCCUCCGGGUGGCAGGUGAUUGGUGGGAUAGAAGCAAUGAUCGGACAAGGACUCGCACAGGCGAGUCUCUGGACUGGUAUCGAGAUUGAUGACAGGCUGCGAGAUAUCGCUCGCUCGGCAGUCCGGGGACAAAUGGCCGGCCCAUGA